AUGGCGUGGAUCGACUCUGCCGUAGAAACCAGGAUGAAUCCUGCUAGCCUGGCACUGGUCUUCGCCGGUCUCUAUCUCCUGCGACUGGUCUACAACCGGCUCCGGCCCGGGCUGCGCGACAUCCCUGGUCCCACACUGGCCAAAUACACGCGCCUCUGGAAGGCGUACAGUGUGUGGAAGGGUAACCACCAUCUCACGGAGAUAGAUCUCCACAAGAAACAUGGUCUGAUGGUGCGCAUUGGUCCGAAGCAUGUCUCCUUCAGCGACCCGGCGGCCAUCCCGACCAUCUACGGUCUGAGCACGGGCUUUACCAAGACAGCAUUCUAUCCAAUCCAGAGUAUCUCAUGGAACAAAAAACCGCAGAUGAACCUCUUCUCCGAGCGAAACACGCAAGCCCACCGCGAGCAAAAGCGAUUGGUGGCCAACGCCUACAGCCUGUCCCACAUGCUGGAGAUGGAACAUGCCAUCGACUCGUGCACGGAGAUCUUCAUGCGCAAGCUGCGCGCAUCCGCGGACGCACAUGAGCCGAUCGACCUGAGCUCUUGGCUGCAAUUCUACGCCUUUGACGUGGUCGGGGAGAUGACCUUCGCCACCAAGCUCGGCUUCCUCGAGCGCGGCACCGACGUUGACGACAUGAUGAGCACCAUCUCCAACAUCCUGGUCUACGCCAGCGUCUGCGGCCAAGUGCCCGACGCCCACCACUUCUUGCUGGGGAACCCCAUAUUCCCCCUGCUUAUCCCCAGCAUGGAGUCCUGGAACUCGAUCGUGCAGUUCACCCUCAAAUGCAUUAACGCGCGCGUCGCGCUGGAGCGGGACGGCGAGGUCGAGGGCCAGGACAAGGCCAAGCCCGGAAAAGACAUGCUUUCGCGAUGGCUGGACGUCCACAACGCCAACCCGACCAAGCUCUCCACCCGCGAUAUCAUGGUCCACACCUCCACCAACGUCUUCGCCGGCUCCGACACCACGGCCAUCGCCCUACGCACCAUCUUCGCCUCCCUCGCCCGCAACCCCCCCGUCCUAGCCCGCGUCAUGCAGGAGAUCGACACCGCCGACGCCGCCGGCGCCCUCUCCGACCCCAUCUCCUACCGCGAAUCCGCCACCCACCUCCCCUACAUCGCUGCCGUCUUCAAAGAAGCCAUGCGUAUCCACCCCUCCACCGGGCUGAUGAUGGAGCGCGAGGUCCCCAAGGGCGGCGCCACCAUCGCGGGUCGGUACUUCCCAGCCGGUACUGUCGUCGGCGUCAACCCCUGGUCCAUGCACCGCAAUACGAGCGUGUUCCCGGACCCUGAGGCCUUCAUUCCGGAGCGGUGGCUCGACGGGUCGCCCGCGGAGCUAAAGGCAAGGGAGCAAGCUUUCUUUUCGUUCGGAGGUGGCUCCCGUCUGUGCAUCGGCAAAUCGCUCGCCCUCAUGGAGAUGCAUAAACUUGUCCCGCAGAUUCUGCGCCGCUACGAGGUGCGCCUGCAUCGGCCGGAUAACCCGUGGAAGAUUCGCAAUGUCUGGUUCGUGCAGCAGUCGGAUAUGAUGGCUGAUAUUGUGCCGAGGGAGAAGUGA